GCGAGUCCGGUCUUUAUAUAUGCUUGACUAGCAAAAUGCAAGCUUCACGCAAUCACGCGUGCCCUAACUCCGGCUUCUACCGUGGCGAUCCUUAGUCGGAGCCGUUGAUCGCCGGCUAUCUUCGGCCUCCCGCCCGUCCUAGAAGAGAAUGGGGGAAUCAUUUACAAUACAGUUAAGCUCAAAGUUAAUCGACCAAAUAGCUAAUGGUGAAACCAAAGUCAAGAAAAGAGUCAAGAAACCGAAACCAAAGAUCCCAGUAGAACCUCCACUGACUGAGAAGAAUGUCAAGCCUGCUCCGACCACCACUCAGACAAGUAGCCCAAUGGGGGGAUGGCCCCUCCCCCCUGUGUUCAUAUCACCACCACCACCUCCUCCUCCAAUUUCACCUACAAUCUCAGAACUAGAAGCUAUCCGUUCUGUCGUCCAAGAGAGUGAGAAAACGGUAGAGAAACUGGAAAAACAGGAAGACAAGAUGAUUCAGGAGCUGAAUCAGAGAGCAAAAGAUCUCCGUGACAAGGAGUUCAAACUCCCCUACCAAAACCCUACCAUCUGCACAGCUGAGAGAGCUGCUUGCCUGAGCUGCUACCAGGAACAUGCCAAGGAUCCUCUAAAAUGUGCACAAGCGGUGAGAAACUUUGCAGAUUGUGUGCGUCAGACUAGGAUUCAGGUCAGUUCAGUUAAAAAAUAAGAGAUAUUCGAGGCUUUCAUUUUACAUCAACCAUAGUUUGGUUUAGUGAUGCGUUGAGAUUCAAUAACCUUGGCCCUGUUUGUGGGGCAUCAUUGCAAAUCCCUUUUAUGUGCUAAAUUUUCUGCAUCAGAAUGUUAUUGCAUAACAUUGCAGUGACCUGAAAUUUGUUAGCGAUACAAUUGGAUGUCUGGACAAACAAAGUGUUAUGCCAUGGCUGAUGACAUUGUGUUAAUCUUUAAA